AUGUACACUACUAGAACUUUGCGGUGUGGCCACGAGCUAGCGCUCUACCACCUGGUGCACAUGCACGUGCAGGAGCUCGUCGUGCUGCUCUCCUGCACCACCGCUGCAGAGCCACGAGCUAGCGCUCUACCACCUGGUGCACAUGCACGUGCAGGGGCUCGUCGUGCUGCGCUCCUGCACCACCGCCGCAGAGGUAAGUACUGUUACACAAAGACUUGUAUGUAUACUAUUAGAACUUUGCGGUGUAGCCACGAGCUAGCGCUCUACCACCUGGUGCACAUGCACGUGCAGGGGCUCGUCGUGCUGCGCUCCUGCACCACCGCCGCAGAGCCACGAGCUAGCGCUCUACCACCUGGUGCACUUGCCUGUGCAGGGGCUCGUCGUGCUGCGCUCCUGCACCACCGCCGCAGAGGUAAGUACUGUUACACAAAGACUUGUAUGUAUACUAUUAGAACUUUGCGGUGUAGCCACAAGCUAGCGCUCUGCCACCUGGUGCACAUGUACGUGCAGGGGCUCGUCGUGCUGCGCUCCUGCACCACCGCCGCAGAGGUAAGUACUGUUACACAAAGACUUGUAUGUAUACUAUUAGAACUUUGCGGUGUAGCCACGAGCUAG